CUCUUUUCCUACGCGGUUAGAUGAGAUUAUUCCAAGCGAUAGGGUCGCCAAUUGUUUUCGUCGCCCUUACUAUCGCCAUACUUCCCUCCGCAAAGAGUACGUAACAAUAUUACAAUAUUGUUCGUUAUGGAUGGUAGCGGAGGUCAGAAGGAUUCACGCGAGCGUUUGUAUUCUCGCGCGCCUUCACGGUCUAGUAGUGCCAGUACCGCGAACACCCAGAUGACAUCCAAAAGUGCAAACAGCACCUCUUCGUACCCACGAGAAACUUCCCAUACAGGUUCACAUCCGAUACAUAAAUAUCACCAUAGCCAUUGCAGCAGAAACUCGAUAGGUACUCGACCUUUGUCACGAUUAUCUAGGGAAUCUAGUAAUGAGCUACGAGAACCGACAGCAUCUGCCUCUACCUUUCUGCAAGAACGGUUACAGCGAGAGAGAAACGAAAGACAUGCGAGCAAACUAAGCGCCGACUUGAGCGCUUCUACCGGCGAUAUCCGGGAUAGGGAUGUGCAGAGCUCACCUAUUAAGAGGAGUGCCACCUCUGUAGGACGACGACAGUGGUCGGAUAAUAGCGAUGAAUUGGCCAAAGAUGCAGGGAUGGGAGCAAGGCAAAUGGAACAGACCCUGUCAACACUGCAUAAACAGAACUUUGAUCUCAAGCUGGAGCUAUAUCAUCGACGAGAGAAGCAGACAGCGUUAGAAGAGAGAGUUGAGAAACUCGAGUCUCAACACGGAGAAAUGAUAAACCUCCAUGAAGACAUCAUCCGCGAACUGGACAUGAAGGAUGAUGCCCUCGCCGAGGCUGUUGCGCUAAUAGUGGAACUAGAAACUCGAAUCGACGAGUUGGUUCGAGAAAGAGAGAUGGUUAGAAGAGUUGAGGCUGACGGCUCAUAUCGUCAUUCUUCAUCGGAUCAACCUAAUAUUGAAUCUGCCACGACUGUUACCGCCCCUAUAGUUAAUAUCCCCAAGGAAGCAAACCUCAGCGUACCGCGUUUGACCGCACAUGUGAAUAGCCUUGGGCGAGUACCUAGUUUCCUUUCCGAGCACAGCCAACAGACCGAGAAUCUGCGCAACGCGGUCUUAAGAGGACGAACUAGUGCAAUGCAUAUGCGCAAAAUUUCUGAGUCGACUGCUGAUCCUAGCGAGAUUAAUCGUAUCGCUAGUCCUAAUCUCAGCGUACUCAGCGAGAGUUCCUUUGUUAGCAUAUACGGCGCCAAGGAUGCAGGUGACAGGGCAGGUUUACAGCCUCCGGCAGAUGUGGUAGGAAUGGAUGGCAGCUAUUGUGACCGUUCUCCGACGCCAACGAUGAAGAUGAAUGACGAGAGUCGAGGCGGCCAAAGGAAUGCAAUUUCAAGUCAGAUACCUCCGGGCUCACCCGGUACACCAGGUGGAGGUGUUAGAUUAUCGACUCGUACGCGGCCUAUAAACAAUGUCAUCAGCCUGACUUCACCCUUACAGGAGAUUGAGCGACUUGACAAGCAAAUGAUGGCCAGCAACGAUAAUUCUAGGCAACCUGUAUCCAACCGCAGUCGAGGUACCGUAACUCCGACUCUUGCAAAGCCUUCUAUGAAUCCACCCCAGCCGGGCAGGACUAAACAGGAGAAGAGAGAGGCUUUAGAAAAGGUCCUCACUAAUUAUCCCACAUAUAGGGACUUCUCAAAUCCUCAAGCCUUUCCUCCCACUCCUGAUACCGUCUCAUCGUCAACGCUUCGAAACCAGCAGAAUUUUACUGGUUCUCAAGAUAGUCUUACAAAGCAAACAAGAGGUGUCCCGGGUAAUGGCAUCAUGUCUGUUUACGAUAGAAUUGGGGCUUUUGGUAGAGAACUUCCUUACCUGCCGUCCUCGAAUCAGUGUGGACCGACUACAGCACUCUCCGGCCACAGGCAAAUGCCAACGCCGAAUAUUAACACUAAUACGUUCUCUGACCUUACGCAGCUUGCACGAUCCCUUCCACCACGGCCUCAUUCGUCAGCCGAAACUACAAGUUCCCGUGCCAGGGCUGCUAGUUUAGGAUCGGACUCGGACUCAGACGGUGGCGCAGAUGCCCGUUCUGAAACCGAUGAUUUUGAUUACUGGAUGAGGGAGAGCAUGAAGCCGAACAUAUAUCAAGCAGGCUCGUCAGAACAGCGCGGAAGCGGCCGUUCUGCAUCUCCUGAUCUCUUCUCUUUCCCCGCCGACGCGAGAGGCUGGGAAACGGACGUUAUCUUUGGAGCUCUAAAAGGUAGUGGCUAUCUUGGUUCACCAGUGUCGGCGUUGAAACGUGAUCCUAUCGAUGAAAUGGCCAGCUCAUUGCAAACAUCGCAAACAGAAAUAUUCGAGCCUUCAGUGAUGGGGUCCGCACCGCCUACUCCUGAUCGACGAUCGAGUCUGCAUGCUCGCACCGGUAGCACUAGCGCAAUACCUUCAUCUGGCGGGAUGUUUAAGAGAAAUCCUGCUAUAGGUAUGGCCACGGCGUGGAUCGACGGGAGAGGUAGGAGUGGUAGUAUAGACUCUGUUACACCUGCGUCAUCCAUUAGAGCACAGUCUCGACAAGGAGCAACGACGCCGGGAAAGCGAAAUCAUUAUCCUCCAAUUUCUGGACAGACGUCUAAGGGACGGGGGUUAGGCUUUAAUUCGUUCUUUAGAAAAUCGGGCUCUGAUAACUUCAGCGCCCCGUCUACCGCAACCGAGGCAACUUUCCCUCUUCCAACUCCGGCUCAGUUAUCGGCAAUACCACCAGCGAUGAGGUCUGUAAAGCCUUCAGGAAGAAACAGCGUCCCCCCGCCACCGACCAUGCCCUGGCGUGCUCCAGGUAUCGUUGAAGACGAUCUUCAGAGCGCGACACCUCCCCCAAUCAUGCGUAGCCGCGGUAUGUCGCUCCUCUCAGGAACUAACGGUACGCCGCAACAGCAAGCCGCCGAGAUGUCGCGUCCAAAUACGCCAACUACGGUGGUUCAAGCGAACGCGAGCGGUAAGAGGAAAUGGUUAGGUCUCGGGAGAAUAGGAAAUUCAAAGACGAAGAUGGGCUGAGAAUGCCCUUCAUGUGGGAGUUGACACGCUAAUGAGACCUCGGGAUAGAUGCCAACACCAAUAGGUCAGUGCAAACUGGAGCAUUGGGUUGGAACAGAAUCGAAGUAAUAGAUACUAUGUUAGUAUACCGAGCCUACGGAAGCACGGGAUAUCGCUUCUCGCAUUCUCCGUACUGUAGCAUUCAUGUAAGAGUAUUAUGUAUGAUUCUCGAGUGUAAUGAAAUUUGUAGGGCGUUAUGGCAUAAACAAAAGAAAAGGAGGAGGAGGAGGAGGAGGAG